GAAGUAUUAUGAGGGAGGCCGAGGACUCGGUGCACCGGGCAGAGACACGGCGCUGCGACUAGGGCUGGCCAUUUCCGAGAGGAUGCUGGGAUUCUGCAGAGGGAGACGGAAAUUCCUGGCUGCCUCGCUGACACUCCUCUGCAUCCCAGCCAUCACCUGGGUUUACCUGUUUGCUGGGAGCUUCGAAGAUGGGAAGCCAGUAUCCCUGGCACCCCUGGAGCCGCAGGCGCACAGCCCCCGGUACACGGCGUCCAGCCAGCGCGAGCGGGAGAGCCUGGAGGUGCGAGUGCGCGAGGUGGAGGAAGAGAACCGCGCCCUGCGCCGGCAGCUGCACCUGGCCCAGGGCCGCGCCCCCGCGCCCCGCCGGGGCAACCACUCCAGGACCUACUCGGUGGAGGAGGGCACGGGCGACAGCGAGAACCUGCGCGCGGGCAUCGUGGCGGGCAACAGCUCGGAGUGCGGGCAGCAGCCGGUGGUGGAGAAGUGCGAGACCAUCCACGUGGCCAUCGUCUGUGCGGGAUACAACGCCAGUCGUGACGUCGUCACCUUGGUCAAAUCGGUCCUGUUUCACAGGAGAAACCCUCUGCACUUCCACCUCAUCGCCGACUCCAUCGCGGAGCAGAUCCUGGCCACGCUCUUCCAGACUUGGAUGGUGCCCGCCGUGCGCGUGGACUUCUACAACGCGGAUGAGCUCAAGUCUGAAGUUUCCUGGAUUCCCAACAAACAUUAUUCUGGGAUUUAUGGACUGAUGAAGCUCGUCCUGACCAAGACUCUCCCGGCCAACCUGGAGCGGGUCAUCGUGCUGGACACAGAUAUCACCUUCGCUACAGACAUCGCUGAGCUCUGGGCUGUGUUCCACAAGUUCAAAGGGCAGCAGGUCCUGGGCCUGGUGGAGAAUCAGAGUGACUGGUACCUGGGCAACCUAUGGAAAAACCACCGCCCCUGGCCCGCUCUCGGACGGGGCUACAACACAGGGGUGAUCCUGCUGCUUCUGGACAAGCUGCGGAAGAUGAAAUGGGAGCAGAUGUGGAGGCUGACGGCGGAGAGGGAGCUCAUGGGAAUGCUGUCCACCUCCUUGGCUGACCAGGACAUCUUCAACGCCGUCAUCAAGCAGAGCCCCGCCUUGGUGUACCAGCUGCCCUGCUUCUGGAACGUGCAGCUGUCCGACCACACCCGCUCGGAGCAGUGCUACAGAGACGUGGCUGACCUCAAGGUCAUUCACUGGAACUCCCCCAAGAAGCUGCGGGUGAAGAACAAGCACGUGGAGUUUUUCCGCAACCUCUACCUGACCUUCCUGGAGUACGACGGGAACCUUCUACGGCGGGAGCUCUUUGGGUGCCCCAGCGAGGCGGACGUCAACAGCGAGAAUCUCCAGAAGCAGCUGUCGGAGCUGGAUGAGGACGACCUGUGCUACGAGUUCCGGCGGGAGCGCUUCACCGUGCACCGCACGCACCUCUACUUCCUGCACUACGAGUACGAGCCGCCCGCCGGCCCCACGGACGUCACACUGGUGGCCCAGCUGUCCAUGGACAGGCUCCAGAUGCUCGAGGCCAUCUGCAAGCACUGGGAAGGGCCCAUCAGCCUGGCACUGUACCUGUCGGAUGCCGAGGCGCAGCAGUUCCUCCGCUACGCGCAGGGCUCCGAGGUGCUGAUGAGCCGCCGCAACGUGGCCUACCACGUGGUGUACAAGGAGGGCCAGUUCUACCCCGUGAACCUGCUGCGCAACGUGGCCAUGAAGCACGUGGCCACGCCCUACGUGUUCCUGUCGGACAUCGACUUCCUGCCCAUGUACGGUCUCUACGAGUACCUCAGGAAGUCUGUCGUCCAGCUGGACCUGGCCAACACCAAGAAAGCGAUGAUCGUGCCUGCCUUCGAGACGCUGCGCUAUCGUCUCUCCUUCCCCAAGUCCAAGGCGGAGCUGCUGUCCAUGCUGGACAUGGGGACCCUCUUCACCUUCAGGUACCACGUGUGGGUGAAAGGCCACGCACCCACCAACUUCGCCAAGUGGCGGACUGCCACCACGCCUUACCGGGUGCAGUGGGAGGCCGACUUCGAGCCGUACGUCGUGGUGAGGCGGGACUGCCCCGAGUACGACCGGAGGUUUGUGGGCUUCGGCUGGAACAAGGUGGCUCAUAUCAUGGAACUGGAUGCGCAGGAGUACGAGUUCACUGUGCUACCCAAUGCAUACAUGAUCCACAUGCCUCACGCCCCCAGCUUUGACAUCACCAAGUUCCGGUCUAACAAGCAAUACCGCAUCUGUCUCAAAACCCUGAAGGAGGAGUUCCAGCAGGACAUGUCUCGCCGUUAUGGCUUUGCUGCCCUCAAAUAUCUCACCGCGGAGAACAAUAGCUAGCACCAAGAAAGCCCGUCCUCGGGAGAGACGUUCUGCAGGAGGAGAGCCAGGGGCCACGUGGGGCCCUGCCUUCACACUCAAACAUCGAGCAGUGCUUUUUGUUUUGUUCAUUUGUUUUUCUUUUGUCUCUUUGGCCCCACAAAGCUGCUCUCACUGCGGAGAUCUGGGACAAGGAACCCCUCUCACCCCUUCCGCCCCAUGACUCAACACUCCCCGAGUCUGGAAAAUCAGUCUGUCUACACAGUUUUCAAGCCCGGGAUGUAGAGGGGUGAGCAAGCAAAAGGGUUCUCCGCCCAUAAAACCAUAUCCAAGAGGGUCUGUCGGAUGGUCUUGUUGCUUUUUUUAAGAAAAGGAAGUCAGGGUGCUGGGGGUUACCCAUCCCAGGAAAUAAAAGCAAACGUGUCUCUUCGUUCAGAGGAAAAGUACUUCUUUGCCCUGUAGUCCAGCUCGAUAUGGAAGGGGACGGAAAACCAAUGAUCAGAACCAACCACUUGGCAAAAGCCAGUGAGGGAAGGGACAUUGGGUACCUGGAGGGCUCUGGAGGUGUGACUGGUUGGUUCUUAAGCCUCAAGGUCAUUCUUGUUUAGAUUUGUUUGUUUGUGGGUGAUGGGCAAGAGGGAAGGGGGAAUUUUUUUUUUUAUGUCUUUCAUUUGUGUUGAAGAAUUUCCAAACCAGGAAAUCUGAUUUUUUUAAGGUUAUGGGAUUAAAAAAAAAAAUCAACUGCCUCAACCAACGGUGGCCAGGCACAAAGGACUAGCAUCUCCAGUCAGUGUUUAAUUGGGCAGCUUCCUACAGGAGCGCUUAGGGGGUCACCCCCGGCACUAAAUUCCCUCCUCUCUAGAAUCCUGGGGCUCCGCAGAAACCAUCUGAAAAGGGUCACAGUCUAUGGGCAGUGGGCAGCUCGUAGGGCUCGGAAGGAGCUCUCUCGGCGCACGCCAACCUCUCAGGCAUUCUGAAGAACUUGAACCAUCCGUGCCCACUCCAGGCUGAAGAUGGGCACAUCCGGGAGAGAGCUGCAGGAAAAGUGGGUGGGCUUCACGACAGGAAGGGAUGGGGUCACCAUGCCAGUCUUUCUCGGGACCCAGACAAGGGUCCGUCAGCGCCUUUGCCAGGACGCUGAUGCCAGGACGAGACACUGGACUUGUCCCCUCUCCCCAUUCCCUCGAAUCUUCACUAUUCGUGUUGUGUUUACAUUGACGAGAUCAAGAGUCUGUGCCCUGCGCUCCGCUGGGCUGUCUGUAUCGAGUUGUGAUGUGACCAGCAAACAGUGCGUUCAAUCAACCAGAGUCCGGACUGUUCCUUCCCCCCUCCCUCC